AUGAGACGGCAAGUGGCUCAUAAUGAUAUUAAACUUGACAAUGUUUGUAUCAAGAUAGUCAAGGAAUUUACCCAAGCUACUCUCAUCGAUUUUGGUCUGUCGACGACAAUUGGCAAAAAGCUUUAUACAAUACCGAGGACCGAAGAGAGAAAAGCAAAGACUCCUUGGAUGGCUCCUGAGGUGUUAAAUGCCAAGAGAUGUAAUGAUAAUUCUGAUAUCUUCAGCUUCGCUUUGUGUUGUACCAAACUGCUGGGACGCCUCAAAGCCACCUUUCUGCCGAAAGAAGUCAUCAAAUGGUUAAAAAAAGCCAUGCAUAAAGAACCGGAAAACAGACCCAGUACUGACGUUCUCAGGACGUACCUACGCGAGAUGACGAGGCCGCUCCGAGACUCGUCGAUGUCUGAGGACUCCACCUCGGAGGACGUGGUCUCAGGACAUGACACCCCGUGA